AUGCGCAGCCCAAGCGAAGGCAACCGACCUUGGCUUGCACAUAUCUUCUUCUUGUUCCAGCGGCAUGCGUGCGUGUGCGUCUUGGUGACUUGGUGUACUCUACUACGUGGUGGUAUAGCGCGAGACAGAAUAGAGAGCGCGAUAUAUAUGGGGAGCGGCGGGUUGUUGUUGCCGACGGUGGUGAUGCUGGCGCUCAACGUGAUGUCCACGGUGAUGGUGGCGCUGGUCAAGGUGGCCAUGGCCGGCGGCCUCGACCCGCUCGUGCUCGUCACGCUGCAGCAGCUCGCCGCCGCCAUCUUCCUCUGCCCCAUCGCGCACUUCAUAGAGGGCAAGUCGAGGCCCAAGAUGACGCUCCAGAUCUUCGCCUACCUCUUCGUCAGCGCCGCGCUCGGAGCGGCGAUGAGGCAGUACAUGGUCUUCGUGGGGCUGCGCUACACCACGGCGACCUUCGUCAGCGCCUUCUCCAACAUCGCGCCCAUGCUCACCUUCGUGCUCGCCGUCGCCACCCGCUCCGAGUCGCUCCACCUCAGGGCCGCCACCGGCGCCGCCAAGCUCGCCGGCACGCUCGUCUCGCUCGCCGGCGCCAUGCUGCUCACCUUCUACAGAGGCGUGGCCCUCACCCACCCAAACAGCGCCCACCAGCUCCACCGCUCCCCUUCAUCCCCGCCGUCGCCAGGAGCGGACUCCGGCAGGCGGUGGACGCUUGGCACGGUGGCGAUCCUCGGCAACUGCGUCUGCCUCGCCUGCUGGUACCUGCUCCAGGGCAGGAUCACCAGGAAGUACCCCUACGUCUACUCCUGCAACGCCUUCCUGUCCACCUUCAGCUUCCUCCAGGUCGUCGUCGUCGGCCUCUGCGUGAAGCACAACCUCGCCUCCUGGAUCAUCACCAACAAGCUCCAGAUCCUCACCAUCCUCUACUCCGGCGUGGUGGCGACGGGCAUGUCCUUCGUGCUGCUGACGUGGUGCAUCCAGAAGCGGGGGGCGGUGUUCGUCGCCGCCUUCGUCCCGGUGUCGCAGGUCAUCGUCUGCAUCAUGGACUUCACCGUCCUGCAUGAACCGCUCUACCUUGGAAGUGUGGUGGGAUCUGUGAUUGUGAUAUGUGGCCUGUAUCUUCUGCUGUGGGGCAAGAGGCAGGAGGCCUUGCAACAGCAUCCAGAAGGUGCUAAAGAUGACCAAGAACAACAGCAGCAGCAGCAAGUGCAAUCGCAGCCAUGA